AGCAGCAGCAGCAGCAGCAGCAGCAGCGAACGCGCAUCCCUGACAAGCGCGCGCGCGUGUGUGUGUGCGUGUGAGAGCAUAAUCAGCAGUCGAAGCGAGUCGCCGUCAUGCCGCUUCCCACGCCAACCUACGCUGCCCUGAUUGCCGUGGCCAUUGCGGGCGCGCCGGAGAAGCGCCUCGUCUUGGACGACGUGUACAGCUUUGUUGGCAAGUACCGCCGGCUCGUGCCCGCCGCCAACGACAACUGGCGCAAUUCCGUCCGCCACAACCUGAGCCUUCGCAAGUGCUUUGUCAAGGUGCCUCGCCGCAAUGACGCGGGAAAGCUGCUCAGCGCGUGGUGGACGGUGGCCGAGGAAGGCCUGCCAAAGACAGCAACAGAGUACCUCAACUUCUUCCAUCGCAUGCGCAGGGAGAACCCAGGGUACAGGGCAGAGGACUGCCUUGACGCCGUUGUCGCAGCGCACGGUGUGGACCUCAACUCCCCUGCCCCUCCUUCCAAAUCAAAGUCAAGCUCAAAGAGCAGAUCAAGGAGCCGAAGCCGCAAGUCGAGCACCAAGGGCCGCUCAAAGUCCUUCACGGCGUCCACUGCCCCAACGGCAACGGCAACGGCGCCCGCCACCCCCGCCACCCCUGGUGUGCCCGCAGCACCCCGCGGCGACAGCGGCAUCGACUCGUCGAAUGCCACGCCAGGCGCAUCCCCGCCACACGAGAGCAACCGCGCAGGCAAUGGCAAUGGCGGCGGCCUGCCAUCGUCGCUCCGGCACGCAGCGCCGCGCCGCAUGCGCACAUUCAGCAUCGACUCUGAUGCGUCGGAGAUCUCAACCAACUCGUACGACACGCUCCUCUGGCCGUUUGCGGACCGCGACAGCGAGUGCAGCGACACGGGGUCCAUGGCCGACCUGCAUGCUGGGGAGGACGACGUCAGCCUGCGCCUGCAGUGCCAGAUGCUGCACCUUGACCGCGCAUCCCCUUCCGCCUACGACGCAUACACAGACGACCCCUUUGGUCCUUCGCCAGGCCCCCACAGCGCAGGAAACAGCCGUGCAGACCCCUUUGCCGCCGUGGAUGUGUUCAGCACCGUCAGCAGCAGCAGUGGCGGUGGCAGCGGUGUUGUUGACCAGCACACCAUCGCCUCGUGGGUCAACUCAACCAUGGCCGCCUCUCUCAACAACCAACAGCACCACCACCACCACCAGCACCAGCAGCACGAACCGCCCUCACCGCUCACGGCAGAUGGCAUGCAGGGCACCCUGUCCUCCUCCUCCUCCACCAACUCCUUGUCUGGCACAGUCGCCCUCUCCUCGGUGCAGGUCUUCCAGCACCACCAGCAGCACCAGCCUGCAGACCUCGACGCACAGGGCGACGUGUUUCACCAGCCGUCCUCAGGCUCCUCUCCAAACCCAUGGGCAACAUCAAGCCAUCACCACCACCAGCACCAACAGCAGCACGGCAUGACGCGCGCUCGCAGCAGCUCCGCCAUUCUCCCGCAAACACAUACACGGCAGCAGCAGGCCACGGCACCGCCGCCACCAGCGCCGUCAGCAACAGCAACAACAACAACAGAGGCGGCGGGGCAGCAGAAGCGCGCUUCCCUCGAGCGGCGGCGAAACUCGCAGCCAAACCUGAUCCUGGACCGUAUCCGCAGGUCGCUGUCGCUUGAGGCCCGCCCGCGCUCAAAGAGCAUGAAGCAGCAGCAGCAGCAGCAGCAGAUGUUGAUGCAGCAACAACAACAACAACAGCAGCACCAGCACCAGCACCAGGAAGCAAACGCAGCGGCAACGCACGGUGGCGACGACGGCACUGGUGUGCAGCCAUUGUCCAUGAGCGGGGCGACGGGUCGCGCAGGUCCCGGCCGGAGUGUGUUUGGCCGAAGCCUGUCUGCUGGGGCGGCGCAGUUGCAGCAGUACCGUAAACGCCGCCAGCAGCAGCGGCAACAGCAGCUCGCAGCCAUGCAGGCAGGCCACCAGCACCACCACCUCCAGCAGCACCACCACCAGCAGCAACAUCAGCAGCAAUUCCAACACCAACUGCAGCAGUACAGCCAGGCAAGCCAUCCUCCAUCAUCUUCGUCGUCAUCAUCAUACCACCAGCACCAGCACCAGCAGCAACAGCAGCACCAGCAACAGCACCACGAGUACGGAGAGCAGGAGGGUGAGGUGCGCCCACGUCGGCAUUCGCACGAGAGCGCGCCCUACAUCCCGCGCAUUGCGUCGCUGCUCAUGGACGCAAAGCCGCUGCCUGUGCUGCAGGCGGAGGACGUUGCCUUUAUCAACAUGAACGACGUCAAGAUUGACAACAUCAACGAGCUCCUGAGCGACCUGCCCCAGACAGACGCACAGUACCAGGACACUACGCCGUCCACCCCCUCCAGCUACCACGCUGGCUCCUACCACGGCUUUGCGCCCUCGGGCAUGAGCUUCUGACCGCUUCCGGCUGUGCUCGUGUAUGGUACUCUUCUCUCAUUGUACUCUCUGUUUCUGUGUGUGCGUGCGUGCGUGUCUCCCUUCCUCUUUGUGUCGUUAUCAUGUGGUGGUGACAGCCGCCAUCGCCUGUUGUUGUUUUUAUUGUUUGUUGCUGUUGUUACUCUUUGUCUUUGAUGUUUACCGCGGUGUUGACUGUCUACUAUUUCGACCGCGACUACUGUGCCACUACUGCUACUACUGAUACUGCUACUACUACUUCGACUGCUGCUAAUUAACACACCACUCCGUUUUCGCAUGCACAUAUGCACGCACGAUCACACGACCACGUUAGUUGUCUCUUUUCGUUCCGCGUUCCCGUCUGUGCAUCCCCGAGCAGUCGUGUGCGCUUUCUUCGUGUUCUCGCUGCCCACCGGCAUAGCUGCUCCUUGCGUGCGCCCGCUGCACCCCUUUAUGUCGCCGCAUUUAACCUCUGCCCUCGCUUCCUUACCGCUCAUGCCCAAGCUUCCCUGUUACACGAACGCGCUUCCUUCCUUACAUUACCUAUUUCCAGCCGGUCUGUGGCAACUGCAGCUGUUGCACGAAACGUGUGUGCCCCCUUUGCUGCCACCGUGACCCUGUCUGUCGCAGUUGUUACCCCAUCUGCUGCUGGCGCUGUUGGCCAUCCCACUUCCGGCAGACGCUGUGUGCCUGCAACGCUUGCACAGCUCGAAUGUUCGCUUCGUUUUGGUUUUCUCCUGCCGAUUCCCGUGUUAUGCCUUACCGCACCCCUUCUUUGUUCUUCUUUGGUUGCAGUCUGGGCACUUUGAGUUGUUUUGUUUUGUUUCCUUCCUCCUAAUGCAUCGGGCUUAGUUUUUUUCCCCUUGCUUGCUUACUUUGCAUCGCUCUCUCCUUACCUUGCACACCUCAUUGUUGCGUGUCAUUAUCAUCCUUAGUGUGCAUGUGUGUGCGUGCUCGCGAGGUACUCCGUGGUCAAGUGGUUCUUCGUGUGUUUUAUGUUACAUUUUUCGCUGUUUCAUUCGCCUGUGGUCGCGUUGUUGUAGACAGCGCAUGUAGAGUCACUGCGUGUGUUGGACGCCUUUGCCUGGGCGCUUCCACCUUGGUGGUUGGUGCCAGUUCUGUGGAUGCGGCGAAGAACACUGCACGUUUAGGCGUUUCUUGAUUCCAUUUGCAUGUGCAGUGUUCCUUCAGCUUCUCAUCCUUGAGCUGCCCUGCCUCCUCCCCCCCCCAACCCUAAAUCUGCAUCACUUGCUGUCCAGCACCCGUGAUACGCCGCGCUGUUGGUGUCACUGCCACUUUGCCGCUGUGGUCGUUUGUUCUCUUGCUGCAUGUAGUGGUUUGAACCAGUCAAACAAUCUCUAUUUCCACAACGUCCAAUUAAAAAACACAAAAUAGAUACCACCAGCCAGC